AUGACUGAAACUCCUUUACUGAACAUUCCCUCCUCAAACCAGACUGAAAACAAGAGCAACUUAACUAUUUGCCAGGACUUGGAUGACUGGUGGGAAAUCGUGUACUACAUAGUACCCAAGUACAUCGACGCCAUCUGUGUUAUUGGGAUGCUUGGCAAUGUCUUUGUUCUCCUCACUUAUUUACUGCACAAGGCCCCCCUGAACAUAGCAGAAAUCUACCUUAUGAACCUCGCUGGUGCCGAUCUUAUCUUCCUCAUGUGCCUCCCUUUCUGGGCAGCAAACAUCAGGCAUGAAUUUAACUGGCCCUUUGGCACUUUCCUUUGCCGCAGCACCAGCGCGUCCAUCAGCCUCAACAUGUACACCAGCAUCUACUUGCUGGUGGCAGUCAGCGUAGAUCGCUAUUUAACUUUUGUUCAUACCUUGAACCACAGAGGGAUACGGAGCAAAACCAUGGCCAAGGGGAUCUGCUUGCUCAUCUGGUUCUUUGGCAUCCUCCUCAGUGUCCCAGUCUUCAUGUUUCGGACUGUGAAGCACUUUCCCCAGUGGAAUAUUUCAGCGUGUACUUUAGACUUCCCCAGCCCAUCAUGGAUCACGGCUGAAAGCCUGCUCUUCAACACGGUGGGGUUUGCGUUGCCAUCGACAGCCAUCAUCCUCCUUAAUUUCUCUACCAUUCGCUCCCUACAGAAAAAAGCGAGAGAACGAAGAGCGCUCAGGACAAAGAGCUGCAAGGAGCACAGAGACACAAAGGCGACCAGGUUGAUCUUCACAGUGGUGCUGACGUUUCUUUUGUGCUGGACUCCUUACCAUUUUAUUGUAUUCAUUGAUAUCUUGUACCAGACAGAAGUGAUUACUGGUUGCUUUUGGGGAGAACUGCUCAACUUUGGUGAGCAGUUUUGCAGCACUCUAGCUACCACCAGCAGUUGUAUUAACCCUGUGAUUUAUGUCUUCGUUGGGAAAUACUUCAGGCAAAAGGCUUUAGAAGUUGUCGCACAGUUUAUUCCCUGUGGAUUUUCUUUGAGCUGGGUGUCAUUCAAAGGAAAGUCUUCAUAUUUCAACAUGCUGCCAGUCAGGAGUAGUUUAACUUAA